GUUCAGUUCGCUUCAUUCACUGGCACUGCCAACACGUCGUUGCCGUCGUCGUCAUCCAGUGUUGCAGUUCGGUUCUCACGCGUCGUGACAGAAGAGUGAAUUAUCUCGGUGUAUUGGUUCCGUGGUGGAUCGGUGAAAAUAACGCAGUGCUAGUUCUGUUGACGCGAAAUCUUUCGGCUUAUAAAAUUUGUACUUGAAGUUCAAUGUCGUUAUCAGCGACUUUCGUCGUAGUCGUCGUCGUCGUCGUUUGACAUCUCUGUGAUUUGUUCCGAUCGGUAAUAAUGGAUGGAUUGUUGUUAUCCACGCACCAAAGUUUAGUGGCGAUGAUGAAAAUGCAAAUAGCAGUGCGCUAAGGUUACCGCCGUGAGACAGAAAAAGCGCGCAAUUUGGUGCAAUUAGAGAUCCGGACGAAGUGAUGCAAUGGAUGAUGAAGAUUAGAGCCGCACGAUGGGAACGAUCUUUCGCACGAGGGUUGAAAAUGUUGACACACACAAGUCCUCUCAGCCGCGUGGAGGAUUUUCGUUUUCAACAUUCGUUGUUUUUUUCGCUCGUUGCUUCCUUCUCGUGCGUUUCUGAGCUGCCGUGAGUUGGCGUGACAUUGAAGAGAUGUGCAGCAGCGCGGUGCUAUAAGUCGCCGUGAGAUAAAAUUAGAGGAAGACAAAGGCAGAGUGAACUAUUCUGUGCGGUGUGUAGUUCGAUGAGAUUACGACGGCUUUUGAGAUGUGGUUGUGUUCGGUACACUCUAUAGGUAUCGAAGCUGCUGAAAAUAGUUGGAAAUAAAGAGAAACUGAGUGAUCUAAAAAAGUGUUGCAUUAUUCCCAGCAAGAUUCACAGUGACGCGAUGAAAAUAAACGAUGUCUCAUAUAGAUGAUCUUAUGGCAGCUUCGCGUGUGACGAAUGUGAUAAGUUUCCGAUGAUAAUGUGUGAUUCUGCGUAGAUAAGAAGAGCAGGGAAAGUGAACAAACGAAGGAGAGCAUUAACCAGCGAAGAUGGCUUUAGUAAACUACACACUGCCAUUUGGAAAUGUACAGACUUCUAACUGGGCGACAGUUAGCCCAGUCCAUAGUCAACAUGCGUCGGCUGUGAAUAAUCUAUUAUACGGACCAGCGGGUCACCAGGAAGGGGAUCCCAACAAUCGUGAGUUCAGUCCUUACUCGCCACCGCUACAGCAGCCCCAAAAUUCUCCUCAACAACAAAAUUCCCAAUACCGACAAGCAACAAGAAACAAUUACCUUCCCCCACCCCAACCUUACUCGCAGUCUCCCCCGAAGCAGCAAGUUUACCAGCAGCCGCAAGUUCAUCCUCAACAACCCUCGAGAACGUACGGCGAGGGAUCAUACUCUGCAGGUCCUUCGCGAACUGCCAAUCAACAACAGCAGAGCCCUAGCUAUUACAACCCAGGCGGUUACAAUCAGCAGCCACUGCAACCGACGAGCUUCAAUGCUCCCGGUCAGCCGCCCCAAAACAACUAUCGUAACAACGUUGGAUCUCCACAAAUACCACCGCCCCAGAGUGGCUUCCAGGCGACUCCCCCUCCGAACCGGGUUCCACCGCCGCCGGUUAGUAGUGGCCGGGGGAUAAGUAGCACCUCCGCGGGCAGUGCACUACCCGAGCGACCGCCCGGUUUCGUCAAAGUGAACGCCGGCCAGGGCUCACGGACUCAAGUGCACGCCGUGCUGGACUACGACGAUGACGAGGAGGAGUAUUAUGACGAUGCGGACGAUGGCUCACCCACUGGCGGUCGAGUUCCCGAUAAUCGUAAAAAUUCUCGUAUGCCAACGGUAACCCCGAUACAGGGUCCAAUUUUUCUCAAAAAUGGAACAGUUCCUGUCGUGCCAUUAUUCGCAUAUCCUCAAGUCAGCAAUGGAACUUUUGUCCAGAUACCGAUUUGGUGGACAGCACUAUCCGUUGCGCUUGGUCUCAACGUGCGAGGAGAUGUGAUCAAAGGUGUUCCUUGUGUUAAGAAGUAUCAUCAGCUGUUCUGUCCGACGGCGGGAAAUACUUAUCCUAUAGACAAAAUCGAAACGUUCAUCGAUGAGAACAAAGCGCUAAUGAAGCGAAUGUAUGGCGACUUCGAGAUGACGUCGCGGUAUUCUCCCCCACCGCAGGGCGGCAAUAAACGGAAACGCCAUCUCCAGGGUUCCACCGAUGACCACUUCACGAUACUUCCAGAGCUGAUGGAUUUGUAUGGUGUACCGGGUUCGCCGGACGGACCGCAAGAGUUUGCAAGCGGCAGGGGUGAUUCCUACUUUGGGAGGCUACGCAACAAGAGACAAAGCCAAAGCCGCGGGAACGGAGGAGGAACGACCAGCGGAAAUGGUGGGAGUAACGGAAAUGGGAGCGGUAACAGAGCCAAUGGAAGGCAGAGUUCGUCUGAGAGCAGCGGCGAGAGCACGGGGCGGGUCGAUGCAUGCGAAUCUAAGAUCGAAAUCGUGACACCUUAUUGGGCUUCCAACUCAGCUGGGAAAGUACGGGCGAUCGUUAACACGCAACACUUCGAGCAAGCCAUUCAUCAAGAAGUUUGUUCGAAAACUCAAACGUCACGUUGCUCGGGUGAUUGCGGUUGCGAGCAGAAGUACAAAUGGCACCGGCUGCUCGCCUACGACCCGGACAACGACUGCAAGGGUAUUUUCAUGGAUUGGUUCCUGUUUCCUUCGUGCUGUGUGUGUCGGUGCAACCCCUAGGAUAACAUUAGGUACCCCAAUUCAACGAUGCAGUUCGAUUCAAAGUGCAUAAAAGUCGUGUCCUUAGCGUUUUUGGGGGGCGCUCGCUCCCGCCCCUCGUCCGCUCGGUUCAGUCUGUAAUUUCUAGUGGUAGACGUAGUCAGAAACUGAAACUAUACGAAAGAGAUUCAAAAUUCUUUUAAUGAUUUUGCAAUAUAAGCCAUCCUAGAGUCAUAUAAUUUGGAGUAAUAGUUACCGCACACGUGCUAGUAGGGAAUGUAGCCAAAUUAUAGUUCGCGAGAAAAGUUCUUAAUAGAUGAUAAGGUGCUUACGCUUUGGAAAUAAGUGAUGAUCUGUAAAUAUUUAGAUUAAAUUAUUUCUGCGAAAAAAAUCAACGUG